CGGAAGCUAGGGGGCGGCACCCUGGGGACGCGAAAUCUCUACUGCCUACGAGAUGCAGAGGGAAGAGAAGCAGCUGGAGGCAUCAGUAGAUGCACUGCUGAAUCAAGUGGCGGAUCUGAAAAGUUCCUUGGGAAGUUUUAUUUGCAAGCUGGAGAACGAGUAUGACCGGCUUACCUGGCCUUCAGUCCUGGACAGCUUCGCUCUGCUCUCCGGACAGCUGAACACCCUGAACAAGGUCCUCAAGCAUGAGAAGACCCCAUUGCUCCGGAACCAGGUCAUCAUUCCUCUGGUGCUGUCCCCAGACCGAGACGAGGAGCUCACGCGGCAGACAGAGGGCCGGGUUCCUGUCUUCAGUCAUGAGGUUGUCCCUGACCACCUAAGAACCAAACCAGACCCGGAGGUUGAGGAGCAGGAGAAGCAGCUGACCACAGAUGCAGCUCGCAUCGGCACCGAUGCUGCCCAGAAGCAAAUUCAGACCUUGAAUAAAAUGUGUUCGAACCUGCUGGAGAAAAUCAGCAAAGAGGAGCGAGAAUCAGAAAGUGGAGGUCUCCGUCAGAAUAAACAGACCUUCAACCCCACAGACACCAAUGCCCUGGUGGCUGCAGUUGCCUUCGGUAAGGGUCUGUCCAACUGGAGACCUCCUGGCACCAGUGGCCCCAGCCAGCCAGGCCAGCCUGGGGCAGGGGCCCUCCUGGCUGGAGCGUCAGGCAUGCAGCAAGUUCAGAUGACAGGCACGUCCAGUCAGCAACAGAGCCCUCUGCUCAGCGGAGUACAGAUGGCACAGGCCGGCCAGCCAGCGUGCUGCCUCACCACUGAGUCCUCCCUUCUAACAGAGACAAAAUCACUCAAGACCGUGUGACGGCAUGUGUCACGUUCUGUAGCCAGAGUCCCCCGCCUCACAAGGAAGAAGGAGGACGGUGUGCCUUGUCAUCUGCCCUCUGGGACCGAGAUUGGUCACUGCUGUCAAACCGAGAGCAGAGCUUUCUCUUGUCGUCUCUGUUCUUUGCUCUGCCACCUGGUCCUGGUUUAGCAUCGGCCCCACGGGUCUUCGGCAUUCUCUGAUUUUCUUAUAUUCUCUCGUUCUUAUGGAGCAAAUAUUUGAUACAUUCAUACACCAGGGCUUGCUCAGGAGCCCAGAGCUGAUGGGCACCCGUGUCCUGUCGCCGAGAGCAUGGAGGUGGAUAUGGGGCUAUUCAGGGGGCCUUUUUCUGUCGUUUUCCUCAGUAGGAAUGUCUUUGGGUCAGAAGGAACGAGCAGGUUGGGGCCUUUUCUCAUGGGUGUCGUGGAGUGAGGCUUGGACUUGGAGUGCGGAAGGCUGGGGUUCACAGCUUCCCUUAGGAGCCAUGUGACCAUGGGUCAGUCCCCUGUAAGAUCUAGGGCUGCUGGAAGCAUCUAAUGGGGUUACAUAGAUAGGGGAAGCGCCUCACUGCCCAAGCGUGAGCUGCUGUUCUAGAUGUUCUUUCUCAAGUAAUUACAAAUCAUUUUCAGAAAUGACUGAACCAAUUCACAGCUUCAUCGACGGUGAAUUUGUGUGGGCAGCUUAUUUUAGGAAGGAUGUAUCAGGAAGUCUAAGCCCCUCCAGAGGAGGGUAGCCAGGGUGGGAGGGGCCUCCAGUCAUGGUACAGAAGUGGGGGGGGUGUCUAAAAGGUUAUCUUGUGAAGGACAGGUUAGAUUUCUUGUUUUUGAUCCUAGGGGGCAGGUCCAGGAGCAGUGGGAGAGAUUUGGUUUCGACAUCAGGAAAAUCUUGCUGAUUUAUAAUGAAAACUGCCACAGUGACUGGGGGUAGGGCAGCUCUCCCUUCUUGAAGCUCUUCUAGCGCAGACCAGACAGCCCCUUUAGGGGGAGAUGUUACAGUGGGGGAUUCCUUCUGGGUGUGGCUCAGACUAGCUGGAUCUUCCAGCUCUGAAAUUCUGUUGUCUGGGAAGCGUAUUGCCCCCGUUAGUGUGCUUUCUCCUCCUGCCUCUCUUGGCUUCUGUCCUGGGGAAGAACGGUGGUAUGCAGUCCAGCCGUCCAGGACACCCAAAACGUGAUUCUUUCUGGUUGGAGGCAAGGAGACCUCUGGGGUCAGGGGUCAGGACCUCUCCCCACAGGAACCACCAGUGGGGGCAAAAAUUCUGGACAAUUAUAGCUUUAUUUUUUUUUAAUAUAGUUGUAGUUCAUUUACUUAGUGUCGGAGGUAAGACUUUUGAGUCUGUGUCAUUGAUGAUUCUCAAGCGUAGCUCUCGGGUCACAAUGUUUUGCUGCCUUCGUAUAAAUCGUUGAUAGAAAGAGGAAACAGCCCAUGACAGAGCACAGAUCCCCAGGCACUCCACUGGAGACCUGCUGGAUCGACCUGCAGCCGUUCAGCUCAUUCUGAAUCAGUCUUGUAUUAGAUCAGUGGGAGGCCCCAAGGAGUCAGGAAGACCGGAGCGCUAACCCCAUCCCAGACAUUCCUAGCUAUGUGACCCUGGGCAGGGCACCAUCUCCUUGCUGGGCCUCAGUGUCCUUAGCUGUAAAAUGACUGAAGCUAACUGUGUGUAGUACCCUUUGCCAAGAGCCAAGGAGACCCAGAGGAAAAGAGCGUCUCAGCUGUCUGGGAAUUCACAGUCGUAGGGGAGACGGCACAUAGAGCAGGGUUCCUCUGCAAGUCAUACAGAAAGGUGCUGUGAUCCUUCGGGUCCCUGGGCAAAGCAGAUGGACCCAUAGCACUCUCAGGUUCCUCCCAGCUCUAAAUUCAGGAUCCUGCUGUGGUCUAGGCCACAUCUCACCUCUGUUUUCUGUAGGGUGAUGAGACACUUAGUCAAACACUUUGCUAAAAUCUAGGUAACUAUGUCUACAGCCUUCCCUGCUCUACCACUUAAAUAAUCCUCUGUAAAAAGGAAAUGAGGUUCAUCUGGCACAACCUGUUCUCAGUUUGCCCAACCUGGCUUUUCUAAUCCUCAGAUCCUUGUUUAGAUGCUCACUGUCUGCUUAAAUGCACCCUUCUGGAAUUUUCCCAGGAGGCCAUGCAGCUCACUGGCCUCACUGCUCUGUUCUCUUCUCUUUUUUAAAAAUCAGGACAUUUGCCUUUUUCCCAUUCCUUCAGUAUCACUCUCCAGUCUUUCAGGUGGCACUGACAGUCACUCAGCAAUCACAUCUGCCUGGUUUGUUAGGACCCAGCAGUGUGGUUCAGGUAAGCUUGGUGACUUGAAUUCAACCAAGGCCACUCAGGACCCUCCUUCUGUCACUUUGCUUCUUUUGGGCCUCAGUUUCCUGUUAGUCAUUUUGUUUUGUUCACCCUGUCCUGUCCACCUAAAGUAGCAGUCCAGUCCCUUCUUAGACAUAAUGCUCUCCCUCCGAUUUUUUUCAGGAUUUUAAUUUUAAUUUUUUAUUGUUAUGAACUUGACAAACUCCAGAUGACAUGAACAUUUCCAUGUAUGAAGAACAGAAAAAGAAUUGUCUAUGAAAUUGAGGCUCUGUUAUGUCCGGCUUGUGUUUUUUAAGUAUGUAACAAAUUCGCCAUUUUGUUUCAAAGCUGCCCUUCUUACCUGUUCUCAUCUAUUUGUUUUUAAAUAGUUCAUUGAUGUCCUUUUCUUCUUUUUCGGGGGGGCAUCAUUAUUACUACCCCAAAAUCCACCCCAUAAAGCUUCCUCCCCUUGUAACAGACUGAGUCAAGCAGAGCAAAUCCAUCCAUUGGCUAUUGUCCGAAAAUCAGUGUGUCCUUAUCUUGAGUCAGUAGAGGGGCAGCAGGUUUCCUCAGCAGUUCUUUUGAAUUGUGGUUGGUCAUUUGCAUUGAUAAGGAUUUUUCAGUCUCUCAAAGUACUUUUUCUUUGAAAUGUUGUCAUCACUGUGAAAUUGUUCUCCCGGUUCUGCUCACUUCACUCUGCAUCAGUUCAUGCGGUCGGUCAACAUGCAUUUAUGUGUGCCAGGCACUGUGCUGAUCUCUGGAGAUAAGUAGGGCAAAAACACAAUCCCUGCCCUCAAGAAGCUCAUAGUCUGAUGGGGGAGAUAACAUAGAAAUGACUGUGUACGUACCAGCUAUAUCCAGGGAAAAUGGAAUGAAGGUCAUUUGAGAGAGGACACUAGCAGCUGGGGGACUAGGAACAGCCUCUUAUCAAAGUUGAGAUUUGAUCUGAGUCUUGAAGGAGGUGGAGGCCAGGAGGUGGAGAUGAGAAGGAAGAGCAUUCCAGGCAUGGAGCACAGCCAGGGCAAAGGCCUGGAGAUGGGAGGUGGAGUAUGAUAUCUGAGAACCAGCCAGGAGGCCAUUCUAGCUGGAUCAUAGAUAAUAAAGCAUAAAAAGACUGGAGGUGCUCAGAGUUUCCUCUGCAUCCAUCUCUUCAUUAUAUCUUAUGGCAGAGUUAUAUUCUAUUACAUUCCUAUACCAUUCUCAGUCAGUGGACACCCCCUUGUUUCUAGCUCUUUGCUGCCACAAACAGCUACUGUGCAUGUCUGUGUGCAUUGGCUCCUUCCCCACGUUCUUUGGUGUCCCGAGGUAUGGGCUUGGAAGGGGGAUCACUGAGUCCAGCCUGGGUGGACUUCACAGCUCCCCCAGCACGCACUCAUAUGACUUGAAAGAACCCCUUUUCUUGCCUCAGCUGCCUGGGUUUGGGUGUUCCUGACCCCGUUCUUGCGGAGCUGUGCCACAUUCUUGUGUUCUUCUUGGUGCCAUCGUCCGCCCAUCUACCUCCAGCCCCUCCCACGUUUACCAUUCAGGUCAUAUUUGCAGGUCUAGUGGGCAGGCAAUGGAGCCAUCCCCUCUCUGGCUGUUGCCAGUCGAAUUUCUUCUUUGAUCCCUGAUGCCCAUGUCCUUCGACCACUCGGUUGCCGGGGAAUGGUCCUUUUGGUUACAGAUUGGUGCAGACUCCCUGUUUCAAAUACAUUUACUGGGAAGACCCUUCCUGCUGACAGGCUCCCAUCUCCUCCAAGCAGCACUGCCAGGCCUUUGUCUGACCCUUGUGAAACCUCAGAGUCGAGGUUCAGGUCUCAGGCCGAGAUGUGCCCCAUUGCCCCCCCUUCCCUUCCAUAUCACAGACUGCUAUGGACUGAGUGGAGUGGUCCCUGCAUUUUUAGGUCACCUCCAUAGUCCACCACCCUCUUCUUUC